AUGAGUUUGGUUGGCAAGUUUGCAUACGGAAGACCGAAAAUGAAGGAAAUACAUAAGGAAUUCAAGAAAUUUGGGUUUAAUGGAGCAUACACCCUAGGGUUGAUGAACCCUAGGCAUAUUUUGAUUCAAUAUGAAUGCGAAGACGACUAUCAAUAUUGUUGGAUGCAAAUGUUCUGGAAUGUAGCUGGGUUUUCCAUGAGAAUUCUGAAGUGGAAACCGGGUUUCAAGUUUGAAGAGGAUCUGCCAAUAGUACCAAUUUGGGUUUCAGUUUGUGAUCUCCCCAUUGAAUUCUUAAACCCGGAGGUUAUCUUCUCAAUGGCUACGGUGAUCGGAAAGCCGCUGAAGGUUGAUGCCCCAACAUUGAACAUGACUCGGCCUUCGGUAGCUAGAUUUUGUGUGGAGGUAGAUUUGACAAAAGAGCUUCCAAAAUUCGUCAAAAUCGGUAAACGAGGAAGGAAGCAUGAGCAAUUCUUCACAUAUGAAAAUGUUCCCUUCUAUUGUUCUAAAUGCUUCAAGAUUGGUCACAAAGUCGAGGAUUGCAAGAAAGGUUUGCUGUUGAAGAAGGGGAUGAAGGGCAAACAGCAAUCGCAGGAUCAUGGAAACAAGCCAUCGAAACCAGCGCAGCCGCAAGCUCCCCCGUCGCGCGCUUGGGUUUCGAAAAAGCCAAUGGAGAUUGUCCAGAAGAACAGCAAUUCUGCUGUAGUUUGUUCUUCGUCAGGUUUGACGAAGAAGGAGAAGGCAGCUACAGUCGUUGAUGUUCGCGAUUCCCCCCAAGCUCACUCCAAGUGUCAUAGCAAGGAGGUAUUGCAGAAACACCUCGCAGGCCGCGACCAAGCCUGCGGAAACCCUAGCUCCGUGAGCUGCGAGGCCGGUUUGAAUGAUGUAGCGCCACCUCCAUCUCGACCAGAAUUUCUUGGAAUCUCUGUCGAAGAACAUGAACCCCUUCCAGUAAUAACGCUUCAAACCUCUCCCCAACAAGUGGUGUUACAAUUGGAGUCCAUGCAGACGCAAAAAACCCUAGAGGCGCGGAGUGAUAACCGCUUUGCUUUGUUGAGUACGAUUGAUGAGGCCGAUUGUGAGGAUGUAGAAGAGGAAAAAGAUACUCAUAUUGAAAAUGUAUAUGUUGAAAAUAUUGAAAACACCACCUCUGUUGAAGUGGAAUAUGCUUUGCAAUGGUUGGACAGUGAAGACCCUUUGUGUAUUGAGAAUGCUUCGGACGAUGGAACUAUUGAUAAGGGUUUAUUUCAUGAAGAUGUCAAGGUGUCACGUAAAAGAGGCUCAAAAUCAAAAGCCGAAAAGGCGGAGCUGCUCAAAGGGGUGAUCACUAGACGAUCACCUAGGGAGCUUGGCUUUGAUUAUGCUUUUUCUUCUGAAAAUAGCAAGAUUUGGGUAUUUAGUAGGCAUGGCUUUAUGCUCACUUUGUUGGAGGAUCUGGAUCAAAUCCUCCAUUUUGAAGUUACUAAUGCUUUGGCGAAUGGUACUUUUUAUCUUUCAACUGUAUAUGCUAAGUCAACUAAAGUGGAGAGGCGUUUAUUGUGGCAGCACAUGAUAGCAUUUAGACAGCACCACCCUUCGGCUCCGUGGAUGAUUGGAGGAGACUUUAAUGUCAUUCGCACUUGGAUGAAUAUUCUGGAACUUCGGUUCAGGACUUGGCAGCCAUCUCAGAAUUUAAUGAAUGCAUUCUUGAAUGCAAACUUGAUGAUAUUUAGAUUUCAAAAAAUGUGGUUGAGGAGGCCGGAGUUUCUUGCUAUGGUUAAACAAAACUGGGACCAUCCAUAUGACGCUUUUGGUAUGUUGAGGUUCUCACUCAAGUUGCGCCGGUUGAAGGCUAAAUUAAAAGAGUGGAAUAAAGAAACCUUUGGAGAUGUUUUUGCUAAUUUAAAGGCGGCUGAGAAGAAAGUCCAAGAUCUUGAAGGAGUAUACGAUUCAACGGGUGUAAUUCAGGAUAGAGUUCGGCUGAAUGCUGCUAAGGCUAAUUUACUUAUGAAGAUCAAGGAGCAUGAUGAUUUUUGGUCUCAAAAAAUGAAAAUAAAAUGGAUGAAGGAAGGGGACUCUAACACCUCUUUCUUUCAUGCAUCUUUAAAAGAGAGGAGAGGACGGCAAGGGAUCUUCAAAAUUCAAGCUGAAAAUGGGGAUAUGUUGACACGGCCGCUGGAUAUUGAACAAGAGGUGAUUUCCUUCUUCUCGGCCUUGUUGAAUAACAAUGAUGUUGAUCCGCUUAGUGAUGAAAAGCAAGAGAUGUUUGUUCAUCAUAUUCCGCAAGCAAUGACAAGACGCCUUAAAUCCCUAGUUGCGGAAGGUAGAGUGGCUGCCUAUGGUACUCCGGUUGGUUCCUUGCCGGUAACUCAUCUUGCCUUUGCGGAUGAUGUAAUCGUUUUCUCAAGGGGUCUAAAGAGAUCAUUGAAGGAGUUAAAUAGUUUUCUCAUGGACUAUGAGAUAGCUUCGAGUCAAAAGGUGAGUCGAUCAAAGAGCUCUUUUGUGGUUGCGGAGAAUUGCAAUGCAAGAAGGGUGGUUAUAAUUCAAAGGGAGCUUGGUAUUCAGCGUGAAACAUUUCCUUUUACUUACCUUGGCUGCAAGUUAUAUCUUGGCCGAAGGAGAGCUUCCACUUUCCAAUUCUUAUUGGAUCAUCUAGAUCGAAGACUCCUUAGUUGGGAAAACAAGAUGCUUAGUUAA